GAUCCAACAGUAGCCCAAGGUUGAAUUAGCUAUCAAAAAAAUUUUAAAUCAGCAAUAACUAAAUUAAUAACAAACAAUAAGUAAAACAAAUCAAAAGUUUUAAUUAUAUUUUCUAUCAGUAAUUCCAAUAUGGCUGAUAUACCAACAAAUGCUCCAGAACACUGUCCUGGAACAGAAAGUAAUGAUGCAGGAAAGGUAUCAGCAUGUGCUGGUUGUCCAAACCAAAAUAUUUGUGCGUCAGGUGCAACAAAGCAACCUGAUCCAGGAAUCGAAUUAGUAAAAAAGAGGCUCGCUGAUGUGAAAAAUAAAAUUUUAGUAUUAUCAGGCAAGGGUGGUGUUGGUAAAAGCACAAUGACUUGUUUAAUAGCACGUGCUUUAGCUGCAGACAGUGCAGAUAGAAAUGUUGGUGUAUUGGAUAUCGACAUUUGUGGCCCGUCACAACCAAGAGUCUUGGGAGUUGUUGGAGAACAAAUACACCAAAGUGGUUCUGGCUGGUCUCCAGUUUAUGUAGAAGAUAAUUUGUCACUUAUGUCAAUAGCCUUUUUAUUAAAUAGUCCUAGUGAUGCUGUUAUUUGGCGAGGACCUAAAAAAAAUGGAAUGAUUAGACAAUUUUUAUCAGAAGUUGAUUGGGGUAAUUUGGAUUACCUAAUCUUAGAUACACCACCGGGUACAUCUGAUGAACAUUUAUCGGCAACUACAUACUUGAAAAAUACAGGAAUAACGGGAGCAAUUAUUGUUACUACUCCUCAAGAAGUAGCUUUGCUUGAUGUCAGAAAAGAAAUAGAUUUUUGUAAGAAAGUUAAAAUUCCUAUUCUGGGUACUGUUGAGAAUAUGAGUAUUUUUGUUUGUCCAAAAUGCAAAAAUAGCGCUGAAAUAUUCCCAGCAUUGACUGGAGGUGCCCGAAAUAUGGCUGAGGAAAUGAAUGUUGAAUUUUUAGGCUCUAUUCCCUUGGAUCCACUGCUAGCACGCUGUUCUGAUGAAGGUAAAAACAUUUUUACUGAAAUGCCCGAAUCACCAACAAUUGCUGCGCUCAAAAAAAUUGUUACUCGGAUCAUUGACAAGUGCGAAAACAGUGAAAUGAAAACAGCAGAAGCUGAAUAAUAAUAAUACAAUAAAAAAUUCCAAACUUUAUAAAUUUAUUAUCAUAAGUAUAUUAAUAAUGCAUUACAAAAAGUGUUAUUUAUAUUUUAAUCAUGUGUUAUUAUUAAAAUAGAAAAUUUUUUCACA